AAAUCCGACAUACUUGGCUUUAGGUACUUACGAUUUACUUUAUUCUUUAUUCUUGUUUUGGUUGGUCAUAUGUAAUUAUGACCUUUUGUUUUGUUUAGUUUUACUUUAUUUGCAAGUGCUAAUUAUUUGUAGUGGAGACUAAUCUACUUAAACCUGCAACUGGGAAACAAAGUUGGACCAAAACAUCAAAACCAUUGCUAGAUUUAUCCCUCAUCACCAAAAAUGAGUUCAACAAUCAAGCAUUUUAGCCAUCCGGAGCACGAGCUGAUCUUGAAGGAGAAUGAUGUUAUUGAAGACACGGCUACUUGCUAUGUCUGCAACAGAACAGUCAUUGGCAAACCUACGUAUACCUGUACUAGUCGUCAUGCUGCUGCUGAUGCUGAUGAUAUUGGCUGUAAAAAGUUUUACCUGCACCAGACUUGUGCAGAAUUACCCCCACAUCUUUUCCAACACAGUAUGCACAACCAACACACCCUUACUCUUGAACUAUGCUUUGUUAGAACCUAUUGUAACAGUUGUGAUCUUCAAAUAAAGUUCGCUUAUAGGUGUCGUCCUUGUAACUCUGGUAUAUGUGUUGCUUGUGCUUUUCCUGGUCCUUCUGUUGAAGAACAAAGAGAGCUUCAUCAUCAAGGCCACCAGGAGCACACACUAGUAUUGCAGAGGCAGGCUUUGUUUAAAUGUGAUGCUUGUUGGGUGAAAGCAGAAGACUAUUCAUAUGUAUGCAAAACAUGUGAUUUUUGGAUCCACAAAAAGUGUGCUCUCUCUCCGCCCAUCAUUGCAGAGCCUGCUUAUCAUCAUCACCCUGUCACUCUUAUCUUCUCUAUUCCAGAUGAACAUCUCUAUUUCACCCGAUGGUGCAACAUCUGUGAUGACUAUAUUCCUGUACAUUCCUGGAUGUAUUAUUGUCAGAAAUGCACAUAUUUUGUGCAUAUGAAAUGUGCUACAGCCCCUGCAUCUGCAUUAAAUGAGACGGAAGCCGAUGGCAGUGACAACCCAGAUUUGAUAGAAUUUCCUCUGCAUAGCGUACGUGGAAGCACUAAGUGAUUUCAUGAUAACCCAGUUUUCAAAAUUCCAAGUUGACUUUAAAGGUGAGCAUAAAGAUACUGCCAUGACAUCAACCGGACCUAAUGACCCACAUAUAAUUGAAGAGCACUGGAGUCACCCGGAUCAUCCAUUAGAACUGUUUCAGUUUAUUAUUAAUGAGCAUGACGAUGACGACAACACAACAAUAUUGAUAUGUGAUGGGUGCACUCAACC